AUGUACAUCAAGCAGGUAAUUAUCCAGGGUUUCCGGAGUUACCGUGACCAGACUGUUGUAGAGCCUUUCAGUCCUAGACAUAAUGUCAUCGUUGGCAGAAAUGGUUCAGGAAAAAGUAAUUUCUUUUAUGCUAUUCAGUUUGUAUUGUCUGAUGAAUUUAGUCACCUUCGUCCUGAGCAGCGUCAGGCAUUAUUGCAUGAAGGUACAGGACCCAGAGUCAUCUCAGCCUUUGUUGAGAUCAUUUUUGACAAUUCUGACAAUAGAAUUCCGAUUGAUAAGGAUGAAGUGGUCCUUCGGCGUGUAAUUGGCUCCAAGAAAGACCAGUAUUUCUUAGACAAGAAGAUGGUUACGAAGACAGAUGUUAUGAACCUUCUUGAGAGUGCUGGCUUCUCCAGAAGUAAUCCUUACUAUAUUGUUAAACAAGGAAAGAUCAACCAAAUGGCUACAGCUCCUGACUCCCAACGUCUCAAGCUGCUGAGAGAAGUUGCAGGAACUCGUGUGUAUGAUGAACGCAAAGAAGAAAGUAAAGUUAUCCUCAGAGAAACAGAGGGCAAACGUGAAAAAAUUAAUGACCUGCUGAAAUACAUUGAAGAACGUUUGAAAACUUUGGAAGAGGAGAAAGAAGAACUAAAAGAAUAUCAGAAAUGGGAUAAAAUGAGAAGAUCAUUGGAAUAUACGAUUCAUGAUCAUGAACUGCGGGACACAAGAAAAAAACUGGAUGAGCUGCAAGAGAAAAGAGAGAACAGUGGCAAAAUAAGCCAAAGGCUACGAGAUAACCAGCAGCAAGCUAACGACCAAGUAAAGUCAAUAAACAAAGAAUUGCGUGACCUAAAGACACGUAUGCAGAGUUUGUUAGAGGAGAAAGACACUUUGUCUCAUGAGUACCAGGAUUUGACCAAGAAAAAAGCCAAGGUAGAACUGACUAUCAAAGAUAUUCUGGAGGAGAUUGAAGGAGACAAGAGGUCAAGAAAAAAAUCUGAAGAUGAUUUAAAGAAGAUCGAUGAGAAGAUAAAGAGGUGUGAAGAUCAGCUGGAAAAUAUCAUUCCUAUGUAUGAGGCUCAAAAAAAUCGUGAAGAAAAUGCUGCACAGCAGCUGUGUCUUGCUGAACAGAGGCGUAAGGAGUUGUAUGCAAAGCAGGGGCGUGGCAAUCAGUUUACCUCUCGAGAAGAGAGGGAUACCUGGAUUAAAAAGGAGCUGAGAUCACUCAACAAAGCUAUAAGAGAUAAAGAAGAUCAAAUUCGUCGUUUGGAAGAUGACUUGGAAGGUGACAAGAAGAAAGCUUCCGAGUUAGAAGUCAAAGUUAAGGAAAUUACCAACAAAAUUGAACAGAACAAAGAGAUCAUUGAUCAGAACAACAAGACAUUCUUUGACAUGAAGAAGAAAAAAGAUCAGUCACAGAAUGAGCGAAAUGCCUUAUGGCGCCAAGAAAAUAUUUUGCAACAAGAAUUGCAAUCAUGCCGAGAAGAACUAAGUAAAAAAGAACAAGCUUUAAGGUCUAUAACUGGAAAGGCCAUUUUAAAUGGUAUGGAUGCUGUGCAAAAAGUAUUAGACACAUUCAAGUCACAAAAUAAAUACAAAGAUUUAAUUGAUGGUUAUUAUGGUGUCCUUAUUGAGAAUUUUGAUUGUGACAAGACUUUCUUCACUUGUGUGGAAGUUACUGCUGGAAAUCGGCUGUUCCAUCACAUUGUAGAUACAGACAGGACUGGAACGAGAAUUCUACAAGAAAUGAAUCGGCUCAAGUUACCAGGGGAGGUAACUUUUAUGCCUCUCAAUCGUCUGGAUGGCAGAGAUACUCAAUAUCCUGAAAGCAAUGAUGCCAUCCCCAUGAUUAGCAAAAUGAUGUUUGAGAAGAAGUUUGACCGUGCCAUCAAGCACGUGUUUGGGAAAGUGAUGAUUUGUCGAAGUAUAGAAGUUGCUACACAAAUUGCAAGAACGCAGAAUCUUGAUUGUAUCACGUUAGAUGGUGACCAAGUAAGUCGUCGUGGUGCUCUGACGGGAGGUUACUAUGACACUCGAAGGUCAAGGCUUGACCUCCAGAAAGGCAAAUGUGAACUUAUGAGAAAGCUUGAGAGCCAAAAUGAGGAAUACAAGGAACACAAGAAGAAACUAGAACAGAUUGAAAGCCAGAUUAAUAGUCUUGUCAGUGAGAUGCAGAAAAAUGAAACUAAAAACAGUAAAAAUAAGGAUACCUUUGAUAAAAUGCGGGCAGAUGUACGUUUGAUGAAGGAGGAACUUCAAUCAAUUGAAAAAGCCCGUGGACCAAAGGAGAAGAGUAUAGCAAGUCUGCACACCAAUUUGGAGGCAAUGAAGGGGUCAGCGCAGUCGCUAAACGAAGAGCUCGGAUCUGACCUGCUCUCCCAACUGAGUGUUGAGGAUCAGCGAGAGGUUGAUUAUCUUAAUGACCAAAUCAAGACCCUGACCACUCAGAACAAGGAGGCUUUUCAAGAGAGAAUCAGGUUGGAGGGUGAGAAAAACAGACAUGAAAAUAUGUUAAACAAUAAUUUAAAGAAGAAGAAGGACCGUUUUCUCCUUGAGAUGCAGGAACACUCGAGCAAUGAUCGUCGUGAACGACUCGAUUCCCUCAAUGCUGAGCAGCAAGCUGUUGACCAGCGCGUGGCAGAUAAUAAAAAAAAUGGGAAAGAAUUGGAUGAACAACUGGAAAAAAUGAAUAAAGAACAGAAGGAAUUACAGAAUAAACUGGAAUACUGGAAGGGCCAAGAACGAGAACAACAGGAGAAAAUUAAUGAAGAUGCUAAAGAAUUAGAAAAAAUGACUAAUAAACAGAGUUUGCUGUUGAAAAAGAAAGAUGAAUGCAUGAGGAAAAUCAGAGAAUUGGGUUCCCUUCCCAGUGAUGCUUUUGAGAAAUACCAGGAUCUUAGUUUGAAACAGUUGUUCAAAAAACUGGAGCAGUGCAACCUGGAGCUUAAGAAAUAUAGCCACGUCAACAAGAAAGCACUUGACCAAUUUAUCAACUUUUCUGACCAAAAAGAAAAACUGAUGAAAAGAAAAGCAGAAUUAGACAGUGCUCAUAAGUCCAUUCUGGAUUUAAUGAAUGCUCUGGAUCAUCGCAAAUAUGAAGCUAUUCAGUUAACAUUCAAACAGGUUUCAAAAUACUUCACAGAAAUAUUCAAGAAACUUGUGCCACAAGGUCACGCUGUAUUAGUAAUGCGAAAAGGGGACCAGGAACACCAGGAGAAUGAAGACAGCCAACAGUCUGGUGCUGAUGUCCCCCUAGUGGAGCAGUUCACAGGUGUAGGAAUUAAGGUGUCUUUCACAGGCAAUAAAGCUGAGAUGAGAGACAUGCAACAGCUUUCUGGUGGCCAAAAAUCUCUUGUGGCCCUAACUCUCAUCUUUGCCAUCCAGAAAUGUGAUCCAGCUCCCUUCUAUCUCUUUGAUGAAAUUGAUCAGGCACUUGAUGCCCAACAUCGUAAAGCUGUUGCCGACAUGAUCCAUGAGUUAUCCACUAAUGCUCAAUUCAUCACCACCACAUUCCGACCAGAACUGCUGGAACAUUCUGAUAAAUUCUAUGGUGUAAAAUUUAGGAAUAAGGUCAGCCACGUUGAUUGUGUUACACGAGAAGAAGCUCAUAGCUUUGUUGAGGAUGAUGCCACCCGUGAUGUCAUGUUCUUGCAAUAUAUUUUGACUUUUUUGUGUAAUAAUUUCAUUUAUUCUUUUUCCCCACUCUCCUUUGUUUCUCUGGAGUGUCCUCUCUUUCUCUCUUUUUGUUAUUUACCUUUUCUUUUUUUUUUUCCUCCUCCUCCUCCUCCUCCUCCUUUGUUCCUCUCUCAUUCAUUAUUUCUUCUCUUCAUACACCCUUUGCCAACCACAUACGCAUAA